GACAGUGAAUUACAUUCGUGUGGUCCGGUCUCCAUAGCUACUGUCUGGUCACUCUAGUGUGUGUGUGUGUGUGUGCAGGGAAUUUUGUAACCGUGAGCACGUGGGGGACAAACAAACAAGGCGGCGAGGUGCAGCUUCCUUAUUUUUUAAGCUUAAGACGUUUUAAUUUACUCUUUUUGCCUCCCAUUUUAUUCUGUACGCAUUAUACAUGAUUUAAGAUAGAGAUACCCCUUGUGUGGAGUGUGGACCCUCAUCCCCUAGUCCCUUAUGGCCUGGAGCAAGGCCAGUGGCAGGGUUCAUUGGUCCCGAGCCAUGGUCCCUCCUGACGUCACGACCUGCGCAGUAGAGGUGGUGCUGAGGCGGCGGGAAGUCCAGGCAGGAAUAAACACCAUCUCACACCCUCAGUCGUAACCGCACCGCCCCUUCCUUCACAAUGGUCCCCAGACGCUUCCCUGAACUGGCACUUGCCCUCCUAGUCCUGGUAGCUGCCGUGCACGCCCUGGGGUCAGGGAGUGGGCAGCAACAGGGCUCGCCAGCGAACGAGUGUCCAGACCCGUUCAGCUUCAACAGAAGAUGCAUCUGGUACCACGAUCAGUGUACCUCAGACAGCCAAUGUAGCCGUGGGGAGAAGUGUUGCCUGGUGGCCGGCUGUGGCAGGGAGUGCAUGGAGGUGAGCCAGCCACUUGCCAACGCCCAUAAGCCUUCUGAGGGUCGAGGCCGCGGAGAGGGCAUAGAAAGCAUCAUUCUUAAGGAUCUUAAUAACAGGCGCGGCGGGAAGUCCAGGCAGGAAUACACACCAUCUCACACCCUCAGUUGUAACCGCACCGCCCCUUCCUUCACAAUGGUCCCCAGACCCUUCCCUGAACUGGCACUUGCCCUCCUAGUCCUGGUAGCUGCCGUGCACGCCCAGGGGUCAGGGAGUGGGCAGCAACAGGGCUCGCCAGCGAACGAGUGUCCAGACCCGUUCAGCUUCAACGUAAGAUGCAUCCGGUACCACGAUCAGUGUACCUCAGACAGCCAAUGUAGCCGUGGGGAGAAGUGUUGCCUGGUGGCCGGCUGUGGCAGGGAGUGCAUGGGUGUGUGUGUAGCUACGUCAGCUGCAACCUCCGCCACACUUGAGAUAUUAGCCUCCCUGCACAUGCCCUGACUGCUGCUGCUGGUAAUAUUGUGAGGCCCAGUGCAAGAGGCAGCCUGAUAUAGGGGGAAGUCUAGCAAAAAAGGAAGUUCCAUAAUAGUGUAUCAUUCUCCACACAACGACACCCACAGUAACGGCCGCAUAACAAGGCCUCUACAAUGGUGGAUUGUGAGGCAGCUGUUUGGAGUAAGGCAUUACAUUGACAGCCUGUCUCUCAUACACUAAGAGGGACGUCAGCCACGGUCACGACAGACAACAUGCGGCUCUGUGUCCUGACGGGCUCCACUGCUGCUGCUGCUGCUGAGAGGCAGCUGUGGCAGCCUUCCUCCCCUGGACUGUGAGGGCUGCACCCACCCUGUGGCAGCCUUGCUACUCUCACAUACCAACCCUGGGACACAAGCCACAGCAGCAGCAGCAGCAGCGGGAUGAAUGGCCUGGACCAGCAGGAUCAG